AAACAAGAACAAGAAACCAAUACCAACAUCACCGACAAAGAAGGAAAAGAUACGAGGCAAAAAAAAGCUACAAACAAAAACAGAAGGGAAUAGAAGAACACACGAAGGAAAGAAGGAAAUGGAGCAGAAACACGAAUACAAACGAAAGGAAACAGGAGACAAAGACAAAAGAAUAAGAGAUAAAAGCCAAAAUAAAUACAGGAAUAGCAAGAAAUCGAAGGAAAACGAGAAGGGAGAUAAGAUGGAAAAAUACAUGUCGGAAAAGGAGAAAGGAAAAACGGAGGACGUAGAAAGUAAGGACAAAAAGAUGAAGGAGAGUGGCAAGUAUGAAAAAGAGAGAAAAACUGAAAAGAAUCACAAAAAGGAAGCAAAAAGUAAAACAUGGAAAAAGGAAAAGGACAAUAAUCACAUAAAAAUAGAGAAAAAUAAGAAAGAAAAAUACGAAAAAGACAAAUUCAAUAAAGAUACGAAGAAAAAGGAGUUAAAGGAAAAGAAAGAAAAAGAAGAGGAAAUAUGCAGAGAACUUAAAUACAAGAAUAAGGACAAACACUUCGAUGAAAAUUGUAAAAAGAGCAAAGAGAUAAAAACAUACAGAACACAGGAGGGAAAAACGAACAUGGAAAAAGACGAAGAGAAAGACGAAAGGAGAAACGAGGAGAAGGCAACAAAACGCAAGUCAAAAUGGGAAAAAGAAAAGGAAAAGGAAACAAGAAGAAACGAAAGAACAAAGACGAGGCCAGAAGCAAAAAAGGAGAGGAAUACGAAAAAGGAAGAGAGAAGAAACGAAAAAACAAACACGGAGACAAGAAAACGAUGGAAAAUAAAACCAAUCUUUGCUCCCACUCACCAUCCCACUCAGAUCACCACUUCACACCUCUCCACAGCCUCUCAGCCUCCGCAUCCCACUCAAACCACACGCUCACACACACAGGCAACCAUUCAAGCUCUCACCACUCAGCCCACUCACGCCACACAUGCACUAUUCCACACCACAACUCAACAACACACUCAAGCAAGCAACCCUCCCUCUCAUCCCACUCAUACAAAUUUUGACCUCUCUCUCACCACUUAUUCAUCAUUCCUGCCAACCCAAACAAUUGUCUCUCCCUCUCGCCCCACUCAUUAUAGCAUACCUCACCCUCAGCCCACUCCAGUAAUAGAUCAGCCUUCUUUCCUCUCGACUUUCCCCACUACUCUCUCUUCCUCCACCUCCACCACCACCUCUACUUCCACCUCCGUAUCCUCUCCCAUGUCUCAGGAGUCAUCACAGCCCACCUCUGAUCAUACCUGGCGAGUUGAUUACCUAGAUGCUUCUCUCAGCUACUCCAUCGAGGGGGACCAGCUACAGCUGAGUGGCAAGACGGAGCAAGCUGAUUGGCUGCUCACACAUGCACGCUUCUCCCUGCAUUCUCCAUCUACCUCUUCCUCCCCUUCGUCAUCCCUCUCCUCCUCCUCUUCCUCCUUUCUCCCUAUCACCGUCCAUCACUCCAGUCGUUAUGAUGCUUCUGCCUACCCUCCUCCUUCACCUCCUCCUCUUCCUCUAAAUCCUUCAUCAAAUGCCUCCUCCUCUUCUUCCUCCUUCUCUUCCUCCCACAUUUACCCAUACCCCUCAAACAACCUCCCACGACGUUCCUCAUCUCCCGACGCUCCUGCGCUUGCUAUCCUCCAGUGCUCUCCGCCGAAUUCUCGUCCCAAAGUCGUUCUUCUCGCUAAAGAGUGCGGGAGGAGAGUACGCGACGAGGCCUUUCCGUCAGACGCUGUGGUGCUUUGUCCCGAUCAAGUACCACAGCCACAGCCCACAGCAAUUCCCCUCCCACCCACAAUGCCUCAAGAACCACAGGAGAAACAGGAGGGGAGUUACUCUAUAGAAGAAUCUUCCACCACAGCGCUAGAACAGCAGAGCGACAUCCAUACCAACACCAGUACCACCAGCACAGAGCAGCCACAGCCCCACCGCCACCCAGCCACAGUCUCCCCCACCAGCAGUAAGUGGACGCGAAAGAACGCGGACAGCAGCAGCAACAGCAACAGUAGCAGCAACAGCAGCAGGGUCGUGGGAGCGGCGACUGACGGUGAGGCUGCCGAUGUUGUUUACAGCGACACAGAGACCGCAGUGAAGACUGAUGUGGACCAAGAAGAGGAAGAUAAGCUAGAAUACCUUACUGGUGAAGAAGAGGAAGCGGAGAGACGUACUUUCUAUGUGGAGGAAGCAUUUUACAACGAGGUGGAAGAGGUGGAGGAGGUGGAGGCUGCCUCCAGACUCGUGGCAGGAGGUGCCUGGCCAGGAGGUGUGCGGGGUCAUUACAUGUCACCGCCGGCUAACAUUGAUGACCUCGCGCGUGGCCAGGACACCGAGGCGCUUGUCGGUGGUGGAUUGCGUCGGGCGUCGCGGGAUCUCGGUUUGUCCCAUUACCCGCACACAGAGACCGCCCCACAGUUUCGCUACACGCCCAUUGACCAGACAGUCUCUCCAGGGGCGCCCGUGUCCCUUAAGUGCUCGGCCGUGGGUUCCCCUCCGCCAGUGAUCACCUGGACCCGCGAUCAGCAGCCCUGCCGCCCUCCCACCGGUAAGUCCGUGGGCAGCUUCCGCACCGCGCUGGGGCAGGUGGUGAGCCACGUAAACCUGAGUGACGUGACGGUGCGGGAGGGCGGCUCCUACACCUGCACCGCCCACAAUGCCCACGGUGCCCAGGCACACUCCUCCCGCCUUAAUGUGUACGGUCCGCCCUUCGUGCGAGCCAUGCCCAACGUGACCGCCGUGGCGGGGGAGGACGUGAAGCUGUGGUGUCCAGCGGGCGGGUAUCCAGUGCCCGCCGUCUCCUGGAGGAGAGAGGGGCGCUCCCUCCCAUCCUCCAUCAGGCAAGAAGUGCUGAGCAACGGUACGCUGCUGGUGCGGACGGCGAGCCACGAGGACGCCGGCCGCUACUCCUGCGUGGUGACUGGACGGCAGGGCCAGACCGCCGCCUCGCACACCUUCCUGCACGUCCUCAAGCCGCCAGAGAUUGACACGUUCACCUUCCGGGCGGGGCUGGAGGAGGGGCGACGGACGCAGUUGUCGUGUAUGGUGACGGGUGGCGACCUGCCCAUCACCAUCAACUGGCUCAAGGACGGCCGCCACCUCCAGCAUGACCCGGACCUCGAGAGUAAACAAGUUAGCGACUUUUCGAAGGUGCUGGUGUUCAAGAGGUUGCAGGAACACCACUCGGGCACCUACACGUGUGAGGCCGCCAACGCCGCCGCGUCUGUCAACCACACUGCCACUCUCAAAGUCAGGGUGUCGCCUCGGUGGGUGGUAGAGCCUGGGGGAAGCACGGCGCUGGUGGAUUCAACGGUGGUGAUGGACUGCAGCGCCCGAGGCCACCCACAGCCCGUCAUUACCUGGAUGAAGGCACCAGGGAACACCAAGAGGGACUUCCAGCCGCUGGUGGUGGACGGUCUCAGGUCCUCGCAGGCGUCCAACGGCUCGCUCAUCUUACAGAACACGAAGACCUCUGAUGCUGGCUGGUACCUCUGCCGCGCCGCGAACUCUGUGGGGAAGCCGAUCUCCAAGGCCGUCCAGCUCACCGUGCAUGCCCCGGCCCGCGUGAUGACAGAAGGGGGAAGAGUGACAGGUCACGCCGGCCAGGUGGUGACGGUGACGUGUGAGGCCACAGGUGACGAUCCUCUCACUCUCACGUGGCUGAGGCAUCACGCCCCCAUCUCACCUGGACACAGGGCCACCAUCAGGGAGAGCGAGGGGGGCGGAGUGGUGCGGGCGGUGCUGGAGAUGCACUCCGUCACAGCUGCCGAUGCGGGCCCCUACACCUGCCGCGCCAGCAACCCACACGGUGACCACUCGCAGGUGUUUGACGUGGCCAUCAUAGAGCCUCCCACGCCACCUUCUAACGUCGAGGUCAGCGAGGUCACCAGCCGGUCUGCCAUGGUGACGUGGCGCCUGCCCCAGCCUGCUGCCGUCACCAUUCAGUACAAAGCAGCGGAGGACGAGAUGUGGGCUUCGCACGGGCGUAACGUGAGCGUGGGUCAGUGGGCGGCGUCACAUGUGCUGACGGGCCUCUCUCCCCACCUCACCUACGUAGUCAGACUGAUGGCACACAACGACCUGGGGGUGUCGCUGCCCUCACCCACGCAGCUCUUCACCACCACGGAGGAGGCCCCCUCAGGGGCCCCAAGAGACGUGAGGGUAGCAGCAGGGGGGCCACGCUCACUGCUUGUCACCUGGCGAGCGCCAGACACCCGCCUCACCCACGGAACCCUCAGAGGCUACACGCUCGCCCUGCGCCGCCAGAACCUGCAGGGCCACUUCACCUUCAUCACCAGGCCUGUCAUAGACCUGGGCGGCGUGGAGCAGUACGAGGUGCGUGGCCUGGUGCCGGCGUCCCUGUACGAGGUGGCGGUGCGGGCCUUCACCAGGGCGGGUCCGGGGCCGCUCUCCUCCCCAAGGAUCGUCGACUCCACCUCCCAUGACGCUCCAUCGUGUUCUCCUGCCGGAGUGUCAUGUCGCGGGUCUGGGCGCGGUGGGGUGAGGGUGUGGUGGUCGCCGCCGUCCACUAGUUGUGUCCAUGCUCCUGUCAGCGGCUAUACCAUCGUCGCCACGCCCACUAGACACGUCCACUCCUCUGGUGACAGCAGCGCGUGGGAGGUGAACACAACCAACCUGGAGAAGAAUCUGGACUCCUUGCCGCCCGCCACCAACAUCAGCGUGAGGGUGAAGGCUUUCAAUGAGGUGGGCUUCUCUCCGCCCAGCCGACCUGUCUUCUGCGUCACUGAGGAUGAUGUGCCCGGCCCGCCUGAGGGAGUGAGGGCAGUGGUGACUGGCCCGACCACGCUGCUGGUUACGUGGUCGCCGCCGCGACCCCACACUGGCACCAUCCUCCACUACACACUGUACUCCUCCAGGGACGAGCAGGUGGCGAUCAGGGACGUAGUGGGCGCCGGAGGCUCGGAGGCUACAUGGCGGGAGCUGAGCGGCCUCACGCCUGCCUCCCGGGUGCAGGUGUGGGUGACGGCCAACACCGUGGCGGGGGAGGGCACUCCGUCACCAAGAAUCACCGCCAUCCCCAACCCCAAGCCCAGCUACACCCCUGCAGCUGUGGGAGGCGGCAGAACAUGGCAUGUGGGCGUAGGGGCGGGCGUCACCUUGGGCUGCCGAGGUCUGGGCUCGCCAUCUCCCACAACCAGUUGGAUGCGCGGGGGCGUGGCGGUGACCAGUGGACAGCUCAUGCAACUUUUACCUGGGGGAGAUCUGCACCUCACAGCGGUGCGUGAGUCCAACAACUACACGUGCUGGGCAAGGAGCAGCGCGGGUGUGGACACCCUCACACACCAGGUAGUGGCCCUCACGCCCCCCGCAGCGCCGAGCCUUUCACUCUCCCACGCCUCCCACCACGCCCUCAACCUCACCAUCACGUCUGCGAGUGACGGAGGUGCUCCAAUACUGGGGUACACGGUGCACCAUCGUGGGCGCGCUGGAGAGUGGGUGGAGGUGGAGGUGGCUCCCGGGGUGAGCGGAGUCGUGGUUCGGGGGUUGCCGUGUGGGGCGCCACACCACGUUUACUUGACGGCGUGGAACAGCCAAGGUGCCUCCGCCCCGAGCCCCGUCCUGGUGGCCAACACUCUCGGCAGCCCCCCCGGCAGACCUGAGCCUGAGCGACUCGUGGAGGUCAACUCGACGUGCGUCACGCUGCGCCUCUACGCCUGGCCCGAGCUGGGUUGCCCCAUUCAGUCCUGGAAGGUGGAACUUGGCACAGAGGAUGACGGCGCCACGUGGACGCCCCUUCAUUCCCGCGUCACUCUUGACACCACCGACCUUGGCGUGUGUGACCUCGCCUCAGCCUCGUGGCACCUGCUGCGCGUUACGGCCUCCUCCACUGCGGGAGACACCACCGUAGUGUACCGCGUAGCCACCACCGAUGGUGCAGGAGGCUCCAUCGCGGCAGAGUCCGUACAGGAGGUGCUGAUGAGCGGGGUCGGCGGGCCCGGGGGUUGGCUGGAUGCACACAUAGUGGCAGGGGUGGUGAGUGCGCUGCUUCUCGCCACAGCCUUCAUCAUCUGCGUGUGCGUCGCCGUCAGGAGGAGGAGAUAUGGUGGCUAUAGACAAGGGGACAGUGUGGACGAGAAGGGCGGCAGUGGCGAGGACGACAACGCCCGUAACUCCGAGCUGACCCGCGCCCACCUGUACUCUCCGACACCCACCAAGAAGCCCCGCGGGUCCCUGGCAUCCCUCAAGACCCAGGACGACACCUCGGAUCCCUACGAGAUCUGUCCUUACGCCACCUUCAGCGUCGGUAGCUCGGACGGCACUUUAGAGUACGGUCUGUCUCUUCACGCCAUGACUCCCCGCGACUGUCUGGACCACCCCGCCGCCGCCCCACACCCGCACCUCAGUGACAGACACGCCCCCGCCCCGCCCCAGUCCCCGGCAGCCUACGGUCAUGUCGGCAGGCAGAGAUCGCAGUCCCAUUACAAGGAAACUGAAAUCGCCUACAUCACACGGGGCGGCAGGGCAGAGUACGGCAGCAGACCAAAGUCCAUCCCAGGCGCGCAGCUCCCUCCCACCUCCACCACGCCCGCUCCUACUGCCGCCCCAGCCGCCUCCGAGCAACGGCAGUGGACGGAGGAGGCCAGGAAGGACACGCGAGGCCGCCAGCACCGCCCCAGGAGCCGCAGUAGAGCGGACACGCCAGGCGGAGGGCGAGACUCGAGCACUGAAAGCAACGACGCGUCCUCUCCCGUGCAGCAGCAGCGCCACCACCAUCACUACCAGCACCACCACCACCCGCAGGCAGGGGGCGGCGCGGGGGGUAGAGCUGGCCCCCACCCUCUGCCGCCUGUCCGCCAUGCCAGAGCGCGAACCGAAUCCUCCUCCAGUGAUUCCUCGACGCUCACGCCACCCCGCCCACUCCACCCACCCUCCGCAUUCUCCGACUCCAGGGAAUUGUCGGAGGCUGAGUGUGACCGAGAGCUGCGCCGUGGAGCUGAGGGAGAGGGCGGGAGAGCGAGAGGCGGCCAGCAGGAGAUCAAAGCCGAGUUGACCGUCCUGCUGCAAAGAUAUCAGCAGCAGCAACAGCAGCACCGAGACGAGGACGUGGUGCAGCAACAACAGCAGCAACAGCAGGAUGGCAAGCGACGGGCACCAGAAAGAAAUCCCUACACGAUUAAUGUUUAGUGUUGCCCUGUGCUGUACUGUACAUAGUGAACGGUGAAGGAUUGAAGAGUAUAUGAGUUAAAAAAUGUGCUGUGUUAUAUUUUCUGUUUUUUUUUUUUUUUCGCCUGAAUGUUUCUAUGCUGGUUUGAAAUUAGUUACUUGUUUUCUUGAGCCACUUUUUCAUUCAUUUAUCAUUACUGUUAUUUGAUUACUAUUGUUUAUUUAUUUUGGUAAACAUGUCCUAGUAUUUGUUUGUGUAGCGCCACUUGUGUAGUGCACCACACCGCCGAGGUUGUGACGCGAGGCACCAUUACCUUGUUGUGAUGACACGCUUUAUAUUCCUACUCAACCUAGAUGUAAUAAUGCUAAUAUCAGUACAUAAGAAUAAUAAAUACAAAUCUUAUAUAUAUAUUGUGUGUGUGUGUGUGUGUGUGUGUGUGUGUGUGUGUGUGUGUGUGUGUGUGUGUAUGUGCGCGCGGGUUUUAUAUAUGUUGUCUUUGGAAUCCAUCUCGACGUGAAUUGUUUAUGAUCUGUGCUGAAUAAAGGUGAUCAACGUUG